CCUGCUGAUUGUGUCUGCACGUGUUUUGAAUUCGCGUGUUUUGCUCUUCAUUCCGGGACGUUUUGCUGCAAUUUAACAGGAUCAAGGCUGAAAUAUUACUGAAAAAUCACUGAGAAUAAGGUUGACUAGUUCCCCGAGCGAUGGAGGUCAAUGCCAGCAAGCUGCGCCUGGGCGCCCAGCGAUUGCUGCAGCUGACUGCAAGUGAGUCCGAGGACAACGUGUUUGCCCAAAGUUUGCAGAAGUUUAUCAAGAAGCAGAAAUACGUUCCCCAGGAUGUGGAGCGCCUGUUCCGGACGCUCAGCGAGCAACUGCCUCUGCCCGCCUACACGGUGCCCGUGGCCGUGAGUUUCGAGGAGCAGCUCCUCCUGCUGCUCUCCAUGUCGCUCCGCUGGGACUCCGCUGGUCAGACGUUUCGCCAGUAUCAGCUGGAGUGUGCGGCGCUGGCCAAGCUCAUGGAUUUCUCCCUGGAUGCACAGAGAUUUGCCAAGAGCUACUUUCACGACAAGCCAGCUCCCUUUGAGAAAAUCCAGAGCAACGGCAGUCUGCCCAGUAAAAAAUUAAAGAAUGGCAGUCCCACCGGCAAUCUGGAGGAACUGGAGCUCAUCACAUGCUGCUAUCAGUUGCUGAAAAGUGAUACACCCUACUUUCGCGAGCUGUGGGACUGGUCCAGCUUCAUAGCCACCUAUACGCACAAAUCAUCCAACCCGAAGACGCAACUUUACUGCAACCACAUCAUGGCCAUGCUCACAAACAUGAGCGACACUCAGCUGAACGCCCUGAACGAGCAGAUAUCCACCAAAACACGUCUGGAGUUCGAUCACGAGAAGGAGCAGGCAUGGACCAGAGCUAGGAGCACCCUAGGCAGCUAUACACCGGAGGCUAGCGAUCAACUGCUGAGCAUGCAACUGCAGGAAAUCAAUCGGGAUGUGACCAACAUCGAGGGCGUUCUGCUGCCCACCUUCAACAAGGAGAACCUGGAGUUCUAUGCCAGCACCGAUGGCUGUUACGAUCGCAUUGUGAAGGUGGACUCAACGGUGGUCAAUCUGCGAAGCAUUGCCCUUGGAGUUGCAGCUGCCAAGCCCAUUUGCCUUUCCGGACCCGUGGGCUGUGGCAAAACCACGCUUAUUGAGUAUCUGGCCCGCAAAACUGGACGCAUUUGCCCCAAGCCGAAUGAGAUUGAAAGCCGCGAGAAAACUCUGAAGAAAGCUGAGGAGGAGGAGCAACUGCUGACACCCAAAAAGAAGCCAAAGACGACAGGAGGAAAGCGAAAGCUGGAGGAGUUGCCGCUGGAGGAACUUAUAGACUUGGGUGAGACGACUCAAAGGAAUGGAUUUUUACGUAUUCAGCUGGGAGAUCAGACCGAUAGCAAAAUGCUACUCGGUCAAUAUCGUUGCACUGAUGUGCCCGGGGAAUUUGUUUGGCUGCCUGGCGUUCUGACGCAGGCCGUCAUGCAUGGCUACUGGCUGUUGCUGGAGGAUUUAGAUGCCGCCACCCAAGACACCUAUACAAUUCUGAGUAGCCUUCUAGAGCGUCAAUGUCUCAGUGUUCCCGGUUUUCGUGAUUCCGUGAAAAUAGAGCCAGGAUUUCAGUUGUUUGUCACAGUGCGAACCAACAAAUCAGCCAGCAACUCCGGCCAAAAAUCGCUUUACUCCCUGCUGGACAAGUAUCUGUAUACCAUCAAUAUACUGCCCCUUUCCCGCAAUGAACUGUGCAAAGUGGUGAGCAUUAAUUACCCGAAGCUGGCUACAGUGGCCAAUCGGAUUGUGGAUGUAUUCCUCACCUUCUCCAGUGGACAUCACUCGUCCGCGGAUAAUUUGAGGCAGCAGGAAUCGGGCGACAAGGCGGACAACACGGAGAAAUAUGUGGCGCUGCCCUUUGAGCAAGUCUCCCUUUCCUCGAGUCCCAAUUCAGGAAGAUUGGUGUCUACCCGGGAUUUGGUGAAGCUGUGCCACCGCUCCAACUCGCAGUUUUCGGUGACCAGCUCGGAAUGUGCGUACUUUGUCUUCCAAAACGCAGUGGAUGUGUUUUGUUCGUACCUCUCGCAAAGCAAGGAAAAGAUCGCCCUGAUCACAAGCAUCGGCGCCAAGCUGGGCAUCAUCCGUUCGCGUUGCGAACAUUUCGCCAAUGAAUACAAACCGGAUGUGGAAUUCGGACUGGAGCAUAUAAAGAUCGGAAGAGCCAGUCUUUUGGCCAAAUCGGAGUUGGAAAAUAACGAGAACGGGGAUACUUCAGAGCAGGAAAUCAAGCGACAAAAGUUGACGCAGAAAACAAAGAGGGCCAUUGGUAAAAUCAGCACCAAGCGAAGUACCUUUUCGUUCACCCGCCUGGCCAGCUGCAUUCUGGAGAGGAUUGCCGUGUGUGUGAGCCACUCGGAGCCUGUCCUUUUGGUGGGCGAAACUGGAGUGGGAAAGACUUCUUCCGUGCAAUAUCUCGCCGAGCGAACGGAACACAAACUGGUGGUGGUCAACAUGAACAACCAGUCGGAUGUCUCUGAUUUGGUUGGCGGCUUCAAGCCCGUCGAACUGAACUACGUUUUGGCUCCACUGCGAAAUGAAUUCGAGUAUCUGCUGAGCGAGACUUUCAAUCAGGAGAAGAACCUGCAGUUCCUGCGCCUAUUUGCCACCCACUACAACAGUGGACGCCAUGCUGUGAUCAUCCGAACCAUGCUCAAUAUCAGUCUGCAGGUGGCCAAGAAUCAGGAACUAAAGCGGCAUCAGUUUCUCCCUCGCUGGCAGACGCUGCGGGAAAAGCUGCAGAAGCUGCAGAUGCAGCUGGACAAGAGCAUCAACAUCUCGUUUGCCUUCAUCCCGGGUUCUCUGGUGAACUGCAUCAGCAAUGGCGACUGGGUUUUGUUGGAUGAGAUUAACUUGGCGUCGGCGGAGACGCUGGAAUGUCUUUCUACCAUCCUCGAACCGGAGGGCUCCGUGGUGCUCUUGGAACGCGGUGACUUUACGCCCGUUAAACGGCAUCCAGACUUCCGCAUCUUCGCCUGCAUGAAUCCCAACACGGAUAUUGGCAAGAAGGAUUUGCCCGUGGGCAUACGCAAUCGCUUCACCGAGUUCUUUGUGGACGAACUCACAACGGAUGCGGAUUUGAGUUUGCUGGUCAGCGAUUAUCUGGCCAAUACGGGCAUUCAAAGGAAGUCUGUGCACAGCAUCGUUCAGUUGUACAAAUCCCUGCGUAAGCUGUCGGAGCUUCAGUUGAAUGAUGGCCUCGGAAAUCGACCGGUUUACUCCCUGCGCACACUUUGCCGCAGUUUGAGGAUCUGCGCCCGGAAUUUGUGCGGCUCCAUCGAGCGGAAUCUGUACGAGAGCUUCUGCCUGAGUUUUCUCACCCAACUCGAUCCGGAUUCGCAUCAUGUGGUCCUACUUCUCAUCCAGAAUGCGCUGCUGUCGAACGUGAAAGCCGUUUUGAGCAAGCAGUUGCCGCAAUUGGGUGAGAACUACUUGGAUUUCGAGGGCUACUGGAUUCAGCCGGGCAACCUCGAACCGCAGCCCUGCACUCACUACAUCCUCACGGAAAGUGUGAGGAAGAACCUAAAGGACUUGGCCCGCAUCAUCUCGAUUGGCAAGCUGCCCAUUUUGCUGCAGGGACCCACAAGUGCGGGUAAAACCAGUUUGAUUGACUAUGUGGCCCGGCGGAGUGGCAAUCGCUGUCUGCGAAUCAACAAUCACGAGCAUACGGAUCUUCAGGAGUAUAUUGGUACCUAUGCGGCGGACUUGGAUGGAAAGUUGACCUUCAGGGAGGGCGUUCUUGUGCAGGCCAUGCGCCACGGCUACUGGAUUAUACUGGACGAGCUCAAUCUCGCUUCUACAGAUAUUCUAGAGGCUCUCAAUCGAGUUCUGGACGACAACAGGGAGCUGUAUAUCGCCGAGACCCAAACGCUGGUGAAGGCCCAUCCCAACUUUAUGUUGUUUGCUACCCAGAAUCCCCCGGGACUCUAUGGCGGACGGAAGACCCUGUCGCGUGCCUUCAAGAAUCGUUUCAUCGAGCUCCACUUUGGGGACAUUCCACGCGGCGAGUUGGAGACUAUUCUGGAGAAGCGCUGCUUCAUUCCACCGACCUACGCUCGCAAGAUGGUGCACUGCAUGACCCAGUUGCAGCAGCAUCGCCAGAACACCUCCAAGCAGGUCUUCACCCUGCGCGAUCUCUUCCGCUGGGGCAACCGAUACACCCACGCGGAUAAAUCCCUGCACGAGGACAUCAAGUACGACUGGAACCAGCAUCUCGUGGAGGAGGGCUAUCUGGUUCUGUCCUCGAAGGUUCGCUCGCAGGAUGAGCAUGAUUUAAUAGAGAAGACUCUCUUUGCCAACUUCCGCAAGAAGGUGGAUCUGCAGCUGCUCUUUGAUAUCCAAACCGAGAGGGAAAGCUCCUCGAUGGUGAGUAGAAAAAUCCUCGAUGCCAUUAGGAACUUUAAGCUGCGCGGCGACAUCGUUUGGACGCGGAACAUGACGCGCAUGGCUGUGGUCACCGCCAAGGCUCUGGAGUUCGACGAACCUGUGCUUCUGGUUGGUCCCACGGGUUGUGGAAAGACCACUGUGUGCCAGUUGCUGGCCAGCAUAGCGAAUGUCCAGCUGCGAAUCCUCAACUGUCACAUGCACACCGAGGGAGCGGACUUCCUGGGAGGAUUGCGCCCUUGUCGUGGCAAAGAGUCCACUCAAUUGUUCGAGUGGGCCGACGGUCCGUUGAUAUACGCCAUGCAAGAGGGCUCCUAUUUUAUGGCCGAUGAGAUUUCACUCGCCGAGGAUUCAGUGCUGGAGCGGCUUAAUUGCAUUCUGGAGACGGAACGAACGGUGUUGCUGGCUGAAAAGGGCGGCGUCUCCGAGUUGGAUGCCAAUCCAGACUUUGUGGUGCAGGCCAAGCCCGGUUUCCAGUUCCUGGCCACCAUGAAUCCCGGCGGUGACUUCGGCAAGAAGGAGCUGUCACCUGCGCUGAGGAAUCGCUUCACGGAGGUCUGGUGCCUGCCCUCGGACAACAAGGAGGACCUCAUUGAGAUUGCCUACAACUGCAUGAGCCGGCAAAAGGAGCAAAAGAUUAACACCCAUAAAGUGGCCGAGUAUCUGGUGGAAAUAGUGCUCCACAUUCGCGACACCAACGAGAAGUUCAAGUUUUCAGUGCGUGACAUUUUGGCCUGGGCCAAUUACAUGGUCAGCAAUGGAAAUCUGAGCUUUGCCGAGCAGGCCAUAUUUGGGCUGGAAACUAUCUUUCUUGAUGCUCUGGAAAUGCUGCCCCAUGAAUCACAGGAGCAGGUGGAGCUGCUUAAAUCCAGUAUAGUUAGUCAGGCCAUCAAACAGGCGGGGGUAAUCCUCAACGAAAACUUUACCUUGGAGGAGAUAACCAAGAAGCGAGGACUCGAAGUCCAGUUGGAUGGAAGCCGCUUCGGCAUUCGUCCCUUUUUCAUUGAUGUUAACCAGGAGCGCGAGAAGCCGGUUAAAAAUGACUUCCUCUUCGAUGCUCCCACUACCAAGCAGAAUCUAUUCCGUCUGCUAUCCGCGCUUUCCCUUCAAAAGCCAGUGCUCCUGGAGGGACCACCUGGUGUGGGCAAGACUUCCAUUGUGGAGAGCAUUGCGGCAGCUAUUGGCUAUCAAAUUGUGCGCAUUAAUCUCUGCGAACACACCGAUUUGGCUGAUUUGUUUGGAACUGAUCUGCCGGCUGAGGAUAACUUGCUGGAAUCAAAUGCAGGAUCCGCCGACCGCCAAAUAGGCAGCUUUGUGUGGCGCGAUGGUCCGCUUCUGGCCGCCUUGAAGGCCAGGAACACCUGGAUUCUGCUGGACGAACUGAAUCUGGCCCCACAAUCCGUGCUGGAGGGUCUCAAUGCGGUACUGGAUCAUCGCGGAGAAGUCUACAUACCGGAGUUAAACAAGAGUUUCCAUUUGGCGGGCUCCACUCGGAUUUUCGCCUGCCAGAAUCCUCUAAAGCAAGGCGGCGGACGCAAGGGAUUGCCCCAAUCCUUCCUCAAUCGCUUCACCAAAGUCUAUCUGCGCAAGCUAUCCACCCAGGAUCUGCUGCAUGUGGUGAAUGUGAAGUACGGAAAGUACUUUGAUCAGUUAAAUGAGUAUUUCGUAAAGUUGUUGGACUGCAAAACUGGAGGUAAUCUUUUUGAGCGAUACUCUGGAAAGGGAGAAUCGGGAAUUUCGAAUUCCUUCGAUUUGACUGCUCGUUUGGUGCGUUUUUCGGAGCAACUUGAUCGCGGAGUGGCCUCCAUGGAGUUUGGCUACAAGGGCGGCCCUUACGAGUUCAACCUGCGUGAUAUUCUUCGCUGGUGCGAUCUGCUUCACAACCCGAAAACUGGCUUCAUUAUGGCGAUCUCACCUUGCUUCCACUUCGCCUUCAAGGAUUUCUUGCUCACUCUCUACGAGAGGAUGCAGUUGGUCUACUACCAGAGGAUGCGCUGCGACCAAGAUAAGUUGUACAUCCGAAAUGUCUUCUCAGAAGUUUUCCAAUGCGAUGCGGAGCAACUGAAUCAGGUUUCGGACGAUGUUGCUCUCUAUUGGACAGCAGACAAGGUCUAUCUCAACGAUGUGGUGUUGGAGCGGGAACAAGUGGAUGCCCUGGACUUGGCGACGCGACAGGAACGGGCUCCUUUGCUGCUGGACAGCCAGAGGCAGCUGCUCAAGCAAAUCGUCGAGACUGUGCACAUGGAGAAGCCUCUACUGCUGUGCGGAUCUACAGAUAGCGGCAAGACCAAGUUGAUCGAUGCCCUCUGUGUGCUCUCGAAUCGUCUGUGCAACACGGAUAUCAUUGAUGACUCCGUAACUGGUAGUUUCCAGCAGAUUGAUUUAAAUCGUCAUCUGGAAGUGAUUUACAAGAAAGUGGAGUCGCUUGUCUUUGCCAGUGUUCAACGGGCAUUUGUCCAUCAGACGCAGGCCGAGUUUGUGGAAGAGUUGUGGAACAACUGGAGCAGCUACAAUAGACUUGCCAAGGUGACAGCAGAGUCCCAACAGCACAGUGUGUUGGAUGAACUGAAAUUGUUCAGCGAGCGACUGGGAUCUCUAGGUAAACUGAUAGAGGUACUGGAGAAAACACCUAAGAACUUCCAAGUGGAGGCCAUCAACAAGUUGCCAGAAACUAAGUCCCAGCUGCUGUUACUUCAAGCCUACAUAAAAACGGCGGAUUCCCUUAACACCGGAGGAUCUUUCGAAUGGGUGGACUCCCAAAUUGUGUCCUCAUUAAAGUGCGGCCAAUUCAUCUUGCUGGAGCAUGUGAACCUGUGCUCCUCGGCCGUUCUGGAUCGUCUGAAUCCGGUAUUUGAGCCAAAUGGAAGCUUACUGAUCGCUGAGAAAGGAAUAAGUGCACAGGACAGCGCUGAGGUGGUUUACAAAUCAACAAAUUUCCGUGCUUUCCUCACUGUCGAUCCCAAGAAUGGUGAACUGUCGCGUGCCAUGCGCAACCGAUGUGUGGAGCUUUCCUUGUCCAGGGAUUCCUACUCAGUCGAUGAUAUGCGCGCAUUUGUUCAUGAGCAAGGUGUGCAUCAAAUGGAGGCUAUAGAUUGCAUCCUGGGAGUUCAUAGGAGCGUCAGUCAGCUGACCGAGUUCAAUAACUACUCCAUUUCGCACCUUACGCAGUUUGCUUUCCUGAGCGCCGCCUACAAGAGGAUUGGCUAUCAUCUGAAACGUGCUAUUUAUGUGGCCGCCAUGGAGGUUUAUGUGUACUCGGCCAACACGGAUUUGAUGGGCUAUGGAUUGUCUUAUUACCAAAACAAACUGCGCGAAGUGGUGCUGGCACAAACCGAAGCGUUUGUGGAAGAAGCUUCUGUCCAGGAGAAUUUACUUAGCGAUGUUAUACUCAGUUCUGGAAACCUAAACUCCUUGACAUUGAUCAAACUCCAGGCUGUCGCACUGAAGGUGUUAUUGAAUGGAUCCUCGGAAGAAAGUAUUCCCCAAAAGCAGUUGGCUGCUCUCUUCCAAGAAAUGGAGAACCUAAAACUGAAUCAUUUAAAGCCACAGCAACUCAUUCGACACUUUCUUUAUAUACUUUACGAGUCAUCGGCCUUUGGGGAUUUGGAACUAAGGCAUCUGUACUUGCAACCUUGGUUGUCGAAGCACACAUCUAUCCAAGAGUUGUCGCUGAAUUUCUACACUUGCCUGCAAAAUAGAUGCAACAGUGUCGAAGGAGCUUUGGUCAAUCUGCCCUGGAAUCAAACACUCUUCCCAAGACUCCGUGACUACUCAACCCAAGAUGGAUUCUCAGUGCUAAAUCCUUUAAAUCUGAGCGCUUUGCUUCUGGCGCGCCUUGUGGUUGAUGACAUACCCCCUUAUUCAGUAACAAAAGUAGACCACAUGAAUGCUUUGCAGUACUCACAGGCGCUCCUCGAGGAAAGAGUGACUGCAAAGUACUCGAAUGAUUUCCUAGCCAAUCUUGCGAGUUUGCUCGAGGUUCUACAUACCUGCUUACUGGAGGAUUUGAAGACAGCUAGCUUGGAUCUGCCGCAAUAUGCACAAUUGGUGACACGCUUCCAUUGGUUUAAUCGCAUCCUGGCCACCGCGCAGCAGAAGCUGCUGUACAACAAUGAGCUACACGUUCCGCUGAUGCACAAGCUGGUGCUCCAUUUUCAGUGGCUCGAGAAGCACCUUCUGAUUACCUUAAACGCAUUGAACGCUAACAAUCACUUUGAUAGGAUGCGUAGCAUUGUAAUUAAUGUUGUUAGAAUCAAAAAGUACAUCGAGGAGACUAGAAGGCCUCUGAACGUGAUUAGCAAGAUUUAUUCAAAGCAGUUCACCCAGUUUCAGCCCUAUUACCAAGAUCAACAGAUCAUUCUCCACAAUGAAUUGGAGGAAUUGGAAAAAUUACUAUGUGUGGUACCAAGCUACGGAAAUUUGGAGUUGUCUUCCUGGCUCAAAAGAUGGCAGCUUCUUCGAUCUGAUGAGGCCAACAAGUGGCGCUCCUUCUUGCGUAAGAACAUCCAUGGAUUUCAACUAAAGCCUUUUGAAUUGAGUGGCUCCCUGCCGAAUGAGACACUGCAAUUAGUCCUGGUAAAGCUGCAAGCGAAGUUAAAGGAAGCUCAGGAAAACCAGGCAGAGAAUGGAUUCGAUUUGGAGUUGGACCUCAAUAGUCUUAAGACUCUUCUAGAAACCGAAACGGAUGGGAGUCAAUCAUAUAUUAACCCAGAAGAAGUAUCUACCAAUUCGCCACAACUUUUACUUGCCGCUUUAAGAGAAUUAUUUAUGGAGCGACUGUUGAUGGGAACUCUGCGAGAAGACUUUGACGAGCAAGUGAAUCCCCUGUUCACGGAUCAGUUGCUGACCUUGAACAGUAAUCUUUGGCAGUGCCUGAAAACGCUCGAGAGCGCUCCUCAUUCCGAAGUGUCUAGUGCCUGGAUUGAACUCAAGAAGGGAUUAAACGGGCUGCAGGACCAGGAGGAGUUUGCAAGGCUUCUCGAAACAAUUGGUAGCAGCUACAAAGGACUACGUACUUAUCAAAGGCAGUACCGCAACUCUAUUCAAUGCUAUCAGUUGGAGAAUCUAUCCACCCGUCUGGAUUGCGUGCAAGGUCCUUCAGAAGAGGGCAGCGCGGAAAUAUCCAGUCGAUUCAGCUAUCAGGGUCCAGCUUUAUCGGGGGUAUUCCUAUCACUGAUAUGUCAACCAAAUGGACAGCUGCGUUCGGUGCCACUCAGCGAAUUGCAGGAAUGGCGAUCCUCCCUGCAGCAAACACGACAUCUGCUUUGGGAGAACUCUCAGCUACUGAGUCCCACCUACAGCCAAAGGGUUAAUAAUUUGUCGCAAGUGCAGGAAAGUGCCAGUCAACUGCUACAAGAGUUGGAAUAUGUGAGGCACCUAAGUCGGGAGGAGCAGAAACCCAACCCAGGCUUCGAUAGCUGCGCCAAAGAACUGGAGAUGUUGUUUGAAAAUCUGCAGAAAGACGAUAUCAACAAGGACUCCAUGACGACAGCUUUUGAUGUUUCGCUAACCAAUGCGCUGGUGGGAGCCAUUGAGCUGUGCCUGCUCACCAAUGCCCCGUUGAUCGAUCCCGUGGAGAAGAAUCGCCUGAAGAACCAAUAUGUAGCGGAGGAUAUCGAUUGCCUUAGCACUCUAACUACCGCCUAUGAUUUCAUGAAGAUUAUAAUGAAGUACCGGCACUUUGGCGACGAAAUAUGCCAUCAACUGGAGGUCAGCUUGAAGACCGCUCACCAGCGGCAGCAGCAGCUCUCCCAGAAGUUGGCCCUGCGUCCGGAACAGUGUCUGUAUGCCUCGCUCGUCCAGGAUCUCACUCACUUCCUGCACUCAAAUGGCGAUUGCGAGUCGCUGUACAAGCUGUUCCAGCUUAUUAGCUCGGAAUGGGAAGGCUUCAAAGGAUCCCUCGCGGCGACGCAGGCGCAGCUCAAGAGCAGCACAGAGGUUCUGGGUAAACUGGAGCUCUGGCUAGCCAAUGCCCAGCGGUUCGUGCAUCACACCCUCUCCAGGUACUCUGCGUACUACCAGGACUUUGUAGAGCCCAUUAAGUGUGCUGUGAACCAGAUGCGAUUCGGCUUGGAGUCCCUAAAGGUGAUCCUUGCCAGGGUGCAGAAGGCAGGCAGUGUUUCGCAGGCGGAACAGCUGCAGCAGGUAAUCGGGGACAUAGUUCAGUUCCCAUCCCAGCAGCCGCUGGUUAUAAGGAACAGCAGGCUCUACGGAUUACUGGCCGAACUGCCGCACAGCGAAUACGAGUACUUCCGCCUGCUGAAAGCCAAGCUGAGUGAGCUGAGCAACUACAUCUCGCUGGGCAGUGUGAUAGACGAGACCACCUUUGCGGCCUACGACGAUGCGUUGGGUAUUUGCAACCAGACGUGGCAGCAGGAAGAGCAGCGGCGCUGUCAACUCAAGGCGGAGGCAGAGAGUCUGUAUGUGACCAAGACCAAGGGAGGAGUGGACAGUGAGGAGCUUAUUGAGAUGCAGGAAAUCGAGCAGAACUUCCCAACGAAUUUAGACGAGGACUUUGCCGAGUUCGUGGCACAACCUACUCUGGAACAGGUCCUCAAACUGGACAAGAAGGCCAGUGCCAAGGCCAAGCAGGCACAGAUUGUGCUGGAAGAGGAUUAUGCCUUCCUGGCGCGCAAUUUCAUCGAUGUGAUGGUGCAGCAUACUCCGGUUUAUUAUAGAGAACUACCCAAGUUGUCGAAGGAAUCGGAGCUGCGUCUGCUCGAUCCUUACCAAGCUCGCUUCCAGGUCUUUGCUCACCUGCAUGGCCACUACAAGACUGCACUGGGAUCCAAUCUGGAUGAGAGGGCCUGCAAUGGACUGGCCUUUGGACUGGCGCUGCAGCAGAAGCAGCUCAAGGACAUUGAAUUGGAGGAGGGAGUUUCCAGUUCCCCCUACGAUUUCUACAAGGAUUCGAAUAUAAGUGAAAUUCAAAGUUGCCUGGAUGUCAUGGAGCGGAUAGAGAAGCGUGUGCUGGAGCAACUGGAGCAGUAUCCCGAGCACGCAGGACUGGCGGACAUUAAGCUGGUCAUCUCACGCAUCCGUCGACUGCCUGCGCAUGCGCCUGUGGUUCGUUUCAACACGGGAUUCCAGCUGCUGCGACAGAAGUUGGCCCUCUGGAAUGAGGUGGCCCACAGGAACAACAAUCUGGUGUCGGAGGAAAUCGAGGUGGCCGAGUUUGUCCAACGCUGGACGAGAUUGGAGCUGCAGCACUGGCGCAAUUGCCUGGGACAAACGGCCGGCCAAGUGGAGUUGCAGGCCUAUCGCUACUGGUUCUUCAUCUACAACUUGCUGCAGCAGUUCCUCCAGCAAAAGCAAAUGGAUCAGUCCUAUACGGACAUCAAGUUUGCGGAACAACGCUUCGCCCAGGAGCAAUUGCUGGAUGCCCAGGACCUGGGAGAAUCGCAGCGCCUGGAGCUGCCCCAAGUGGUGCGCAUUUUAAGGCAGUUUGUGGAGGCCUCCUGCUACGGUGACUUCCACAUUCGGAUGGAGCUCCUCCACGGAUUCGAGCUGUAUCUGCACAAUGUGGAGAGGGCCGGAAAGAUUGAGGGAUUGCCUCCUCUCAUCGCAGCGGUGCACAAUCUCCAGCUGUACUUCUCGCAGUUUACUGGCGAGAUUGCGGACUCGGCAAAGUCGCGGCGCCUGCCCAUCGAAAAGAAGCUAAAGGAGUUUGUGAAGAUCCAGAGCUACAGCAAGGACCUCAGCUACUUUAGCAUGCGCAACAGUGUGGCCAGUGUGCAUCGUAACCUUAACAAGUUCCUGAAGGAAUACCGACUGGCGCUGCAGGAGAAGAUCACCGAGGUGUUCCAGCCCAAGGAUGCCACCGCCAAGGACUACACUUUUGGCACCGACAAGGGCAAGGGUUUGAGGAACUACAACAAGAUUAAGUAUCUCCACGCGGAGCGCCAGAUGUUCGUGGCCAGUGAGAAGCUGCUGGAGAAGUUUGCCAUCCAGGCGGAGUUUGUGUCCGAGAAUGCACUGCUGCAACGGAUGGAGAAGCACUUCAAGACUGCGCGACAUGUGGUUAGGGAAACCUUAGGGCAGGUUCCCUACGGCGAGCUAAUCACGGACAUGGAUGACUUGCUGGCCAGCCAGUUGGAGCGAUGUGAGCACUUGCGCUCCCUCAACGUGGAUCGAUCGAAGGAGCGGCCCCAGCAGAAGCAGGAGGCCAAGCAGAUUCUCCAGCAAAAGCGCAAGGCUCUCACGGAUCUGUUCAAGAUGCUCCAUCGGCUGGGUGCCAACUAUAAGACGGGACUUUUGGAGCUCUCGCUGCGCACCGAGUUUGAGGAUUUCCAGCUUUCUCCCUACAACAUUCGAACCAUGUUGCCGCGCCUCCAUCCCAGUGCCCAGCAGUUGGACGAGCACCUGGACCUGUACUACAUGAAGAGUGUAUUCAAGUUGAAGCUGCUGCAAAACAUUAUGCUGACCCCGCUUUCGGAACUGGGACCCCCGAAUAUAGAACGCAUCAAGGGCUUUGCUGUGGACCUGUUCCUUUUAGUGCAGCAGCAGCGGGAGCAGCUUUCCGGAGCCACCAAGGAGCUGCAUGAGCUGAGGAAUUCGCUGGACAGCUUGCGUAAGCUGGCUGAGAUUGUCCCGCAGGCCGAGAAUAACUUAAAGGCCCUGAACUUUGUGAGGAGUGCUGAUGUGGCAGCGGAAAUAAAACGUAAUCUCUGCCAGAUUCACUACGUCUUCAAGCAGUGGAAGCUGCUGCUUAGUUGUGCCCCCAGCACAUUCAACGAAAACUCCGGCAACAGCUUACUCAUAAGGACAAUUCCCUUGCCACAGAAUGAACUGCAGGACUUGAGUAGACAGAUCCUAGGCAGCAGCCAAAAAUUGCUAAGCGAAGUUAACGCCGCCAACUUGGAGUUCCUGUCCUGCGAGAAGUGCGACUAUUACCAGAAGAGCUAUCAGCAAAUCCUCCAGACCAUUGAGAAGACCUUGGAAACUCUACGAGCUGGACAAAAUGAUCAUUUGCCGUUGGCGCAGCCGCUCAUCGAGCUCCUGGCCAGCCUGCGGGUGGAGACGACCACCGAGAUUACCUCCGAGUCCACAGAUCUGAGCAAUGCGGACACAGAGCUGGCCAACAUUGCGCACAGUGUGCUGAUCUCGCUGCAGAAGAUUUACAAGCACCACUCGAAGACCGAGGAAGGACAGGAGAAUGGCGAAACAAAGGAGGAGGAUCAAGAGUCUAAGGAGGCGCUGCAAGAGCAGCACCUGAAGAAAUGCCUCACUGGGGAACUGGCCUCCGAUUGGCAACAGCUAAGCCUGCCCCGCGUGCUCGGAAAACUAUCCAAUGUGCUCCUGGUGCUGAAGCACUCGGAUGCCGAUGAAAACCAGGAUAAGCUACUCUGCGUACGACGAGCCGUAGGUCUGCUGCCCAUUCUGGAGCAGUACCAACUACUGGCGGACUACCUGCUGCUUCAGCAGCUGGCCACCCACAAGGUCUCCGCCAAGAUGCUGUCCAUAGUGCUGACCGUUUUCGUGGAGAUCGGCAGCAAGGGCUUCUGUGUGCCGCCGGAUCUCAUGCAAGACGAGGAGGGACAGUCGAAGCAGGACAAUAAGAACGGCGAGGGAUUCGGCCUGGAGGAUGGCACGGGGGAGAACGACGCCUCGGAUAAAAUCGAGUCCGAGGAUCAGCUGGACGAUGCCAAGCGGCCGGAGGAUCGAAAGGACGAGGGCGACAAGCAGGAGCCGGACUGCAAGGAGGAGAAGGGCAUCGAGAUGAGCGACGACUUUGACGCCAAGAUGCAGGACGUGGAGAAGCCCGAGGAGGAUGACAGCGGGGAGUCCGAAGAAGAGGAGGAUCUCAACAAGGAGAUGGGCGAAACGGAGGAGGGAGCCGAAAAGCUGGACGAUCAGAUCUGGGGCGAUGACGAGGAGGAGAAGCCCGAGGAGGAGGAGGAACCCGAGAUGAACGAGGAGGAUCAGGGCAAGGGCAGCAAGGAUGAGAAGGAUGCGCACAACGAUCUGGACACCAAGAACGAUGCGGCCAAGGAGGAUGGCAAGGAUGAGCACGAGAAGGACGGCUUGGACGCCACCAAUGAGCCGAGCGGCGAGGACAAGCGCAAGGAGCAGGCGAAGGACAUUGACGACAUGAAGGAGCCCGAAAUGGACGAGGAGCAGACAAAUGCCAUGCACAACGAGCUGGAGGAGCCGCCAGAGCCCGAAGAAAUGGACCUGGGCGAUAUGAAUAACGUGGACGAGGGCCACGACGAUCAGGAGGAGCAGCCCACCGACGAGAAUCCCUUUGACAUCGACGCCAUGAAGGAGAACAUGCAGCCGGCCGAGGAUCCAGAGGCGGAUGGUGAGGAGGAGCCAGCUGCAGAGGAGGAGGGCGACCCUCAAAGCGACGGCAGCGACUCUGAAGAAGAUGAGGCGGGCACGGAAUCAAAGGCCGGUCCAGAAGAUCAGGCCGAUGGUGAAGAUGCCACUCCCGAGGAGGAAAAAGAAGAGCCGGAAACACAGACACGCGGUGAAAUCGAUGACGAGGAUGAACAAAAACCGGAGGACGCUCCUGAGGAUCCGAAGGAGGAGGAGAAGCGCGAGGAGAAGCCGGAGCAGCACUCGCAGUCCAAGGACAAGGCCAGCAAGGAGGAAAAUGUCCAGUCCAUGCCGGAAACCGAUCAGAGCAGUUCGGCGGACCAGGUGCAGCAGCCUCAAGAUCCGGAUAUCAAGCAGGACCAGAAGCUCGAUGAACAGGAGACUGGCGAGGAAAAGGAUGGCGUCGGCCAGGCGGAGAACGAUACCAACGAUGGCGGCCACCAGGGCAUCGCGGAAACCCAGGAAACGGUCUCCCAGGAGGAUCGUAAAAACGAAAGGCAAACGCAGGAGAAGCGCAAGCAGGGACGAACCAACGAGGAGAGAUCCUUGGGCGAAGCGGAGCAAAACAAACUGAAGCAGCUGAAAACAAUUGACCAACUGAAGGAAUCCAAAGAAUCGGACGACGCUGAGCAAGAGAAGCCGGAAUCCAGUGAGCAGGCGGAGGCUGAGGAGUAUCAGCAUGUGAAGGAGCCGAAAAAUAGCGACAAAACCACGCUGGAUAAUGCCACCGAAGAACAGUCGAAGAAAAUCCAGCACCAGGAGGAUGAGCCACCGAAGGAAGAGGAAACCGAGGCGGAGAAUGCGGAUGAGUUGAUGGAAACCGAAGAGCCAGCAGCCGAUCCAGAGGAUGAUGCUCAACUCGAGCAGCUGGGCGCCGAAAAGACGGAGCAAAAGUCCGACAAGCCCUCGAAAACAGAAAAGUCAAAGGAGCGCUUGGAAACCCCGGAGGCCAUGGAGAUUGAAGGCGAGGUGGUGGCCACCAUGACGGUUCCACGCAGCUCGGAGACUACGGCGCACAGCAACCUCGAAAUCCUUUUGGACAAAAGCUCGCACGCAGAGGAGCUGAGCUCAGCGGAACAGAUUGAGCUGCGGCAACAAUAUCAACAGCAGUUGACCACAUUCCGAGGAGCACAGCCGCAGCACGAGGAUUACGAGAGCUGGCAGGGCAUCUCCAAUCGAAUGACUCAGAAUGCCCGUGAACUCUGCGAGCAGCUGCGCCUCAUCCUGGAGCCCACCAAGUGCACGCGGCUAAAGGGCGACUACCGCACUGGACGGCGCAUCAACAUGAAGAAAAUCAUCCCAUACAUCGCAUCGCAGUUCCGCAAGGACAAGAUCUGGCUGCGACGCACGAAGCCGGCGCAGCGUGACUACAAAAUCACCAUUGCCAUUGACGAUUCCAAGUCGAUGCACCACAACAACUCCAAGACGCUGACUCUGGAGGCAAUCUCCCUGGUUUCGCAGGCGUUGACGCUGCUGGAGAGUGGCCGUUUGAGCAUUGUAUCCUUCGGAGAGGCGCCGCAGAUCAUUUUGAAUCACACGGAGCAGUUUGACGGGCCGCGCUUAGUGAAUGCCCUGAAUUUCGCCCAAGACAAGACCAAAAUAGCCGGCCUGCUGGACUUUAUGCGCACUGCCAAUGCGGAGGAGAGCGGCUUGGGCGGCGACAAUGGUCUGUUUGAGAACCUCUUGCUCAUCCUCAGCGAUGGACGAAAUAUAUUUAGCGAGGGUGCGCAGAAAGUCAAGAACGCCAUCAAGCUGGCGCGGCUGCAGCGCAUCUUCCUGGUUUACAUCAUAAUAGAUAAUCCGGAUAAUAAGAACUCAAUUAUGGACAUACAACAUGUGGCGGUGAACGCAGAUGGAUCUGUGAACAUUAGUUCCUACCUGGACAGCUUCCCAUUCCCCUACUAUGUGAUAGUUCGGGACCUCAACCAACUGCCGCUGGUGCUCAGCGAGGCCAUGAGACAAUGGUUCGAGCUGGUCAACAGCGAGUAACUCUCCUUCCAAUAACUGACAUAAUUUCAAAUAGUCUAUGAGUCUAAAGGCUUUCUUGAUGAAUUAUCGCGAAGAUAACAUUUUUUUCUUUAUAAGUAGUACUUAGACAUACAUGUAAAUAAUAAGGUGUACAAAUUGAAAAUGUAUCCAUUUUUAUUUUUUCCCCGAUAUUUACAAAUAUCAUACUUUUUACAAUACAAACAUGUAUAUACAAAACGUCACUUGGAUUAUUAAAACCAUUUAAAACUGUUUUUUUUUUCGGUUAAAUUCAAUUAAUAGAUUUAACUUAUCAAAUAAAACAAUAACCAAUGAGUAAUAAAAACAACAUAUUUCUUUUAUAUCGAUGAGACGAAUUGAAAAUCCGAUUUACCAAAGCAACUCUCAAUUUCAUUUGAGACUACUGAAUACAUAAAUGGUAGUUUUGCAAUGAACUCAAAUAAUAUUGAGACUAGCAGCCC